GCUCUCCUCCAGACCCUGUGGAAUCGGAGCCGAGGACGAGCCGAAAAUGCAGAUUUAGCAUCAAGCACAGAUACACGCUCGCUCCUUCUCUCCGAUACACACAGCUCCCCACAUUCGCACCCCUGCCAGCAAGCCAGGCCGCCCGACUGCACGGAUUGCCCGCCAGCCAGAGGCUGGCGGAGAACACACGCUGAUCUGCUGCUUUGCAAGCCCUUAUUCGGUCUCUUUCUCUAUACAAAGAUUGGCUGGGGGGAAAUAAACUGUAUCUAUUUAUUGAAAUUUGCACCUUUCCUCCGGACCCCUGCUCCGCCAGCCUGCGCGCCUCCUAGCACCACUUUUCGCUCCCGAGGAAGGAUGAAGGGUGUUUGUGUUUCCCAGUGGAAGGCGGCCGCCUUGCUCCUCUUCUGUGUCACGGUUUUUGCAUCUGCCGAGAGACCGGUCUUCACGAAUCAUUUUCUUGUGGAGUUGCAGAAAGGGGGAGAGGAAGAAGCUCGCCAGGUUGCAGCAGAACACGGCUUCGGAGUCCGAAAGCUCCCCUUCACUGAAGGUCUUUACCACUUUUAUCACAAUGGCCUGGCAAAGGCCAAGAGAAGACGCAGCCUACACCACAAGCAGCAGCUGGAGAGAGACCCCCGGGUGAAGAUGGCCUUGCAACAGGAAGGAUUUGACCGGAAAAAGCGAGGGUACAGAGACAUCAAUGAGAUUGACAUCAACAUGAACGACCCUCUUUUUACAAAGCAAUGGUAUCUGAUCAAUACCGGGCAAGCUGAUGGCACUCCUGGCCUCGAUUUGAAUGUGGCAGAAGCCUGGGAACUGGGAUUCACAGGGAAAGGAGUUACCAUUGGAAUUAUGGACGAUGGGAUUGACUAUCUCCACCCAGACCUGGCCUCCAACUAUAACGCCGAAGCAAGUUAUGACUUCAGCAGCAACGACCCCUAUCCUUAUCCCCGAUACACAGACGACUGGUUUAACAGCCAUGGGACCCGAUGUGCAGGAGAAGUUUCUGCCGCAGCCAACAACAAUAUCUGUGGGGUCGGAGUGGCAUACAACUCCAAGGUGGCAGGUAUCCGCAUGCUGGACCAGCCGUUCAUGACGGACAUCAUCGAGGCCUCGUCCAUCAGUCACAUGCCUCAGGUGAUCGACAUCUACAGCGCCAGCUGGGGCCCCACGGACAACGGCAAGACGGUGGACGGGCCCCGGGAGCUCACGCUCCAGGCCAUGGCAGACGGCGUCAACAAGGGCCGCGGGGGCAAAGGCAGCAUCUACGUGUGGGCCUCUGGGGAUGGUGGCAGCUACGACGACUGCAACUGCGAUGGCUACGCCUCGAGCAUGUGGACCAUCUCCAUCAACUCGGCCAUCAACGACGGCAGGACCGCCCUCUACGAUGAGAGCUGCUCCUCCACCUUGGCCUCCACCUUCAGCAACGGGAGGAAGAGGAACCCCGAGGCAGGCGUGGCGACCACAGAUUUGUAUGGCAACUGCACUCUGAGGCAUUCUGGGACAUCUGCGGCUGCUCCUGAGGCAGCUGGCGUGUUUGCACUGGCUUUAGAGGCUAACCUGGCUCUGACCUGGCGAGACAUGCAGCAUCUGACCGUGCUCACCUCCAAGAGGAACCAGCUUCACGACGAGGUCCAUCAGUGGCGGCGGAAUGGGGUCGGCCUGGAAUUUAAUCACCUCUUUGGCUACGGGGUCCUUGAUGCAGGCGCCAUGGUGAAAAUGGCUAAAGACUGGAAAACUGUGCCUGAGAGAUUCCACUGUGUAGGAGGCUCCGUGCAGGACCCUGAGAAAAUACCAUCCACUGGCAAGUUGGUGCUGACCCUCACGACCGAUGCAUGCGAGGGGAAGGAAAAUUUCGUCCGCUACCUCGAGCACGUGCAAGCUGUCAUCACAGUUAACGCAUCUAGGAGAGGAGACCUGAACAUCAACAUGACUUCCCCUAUGGGCACCAAGUCCAUUUUGCUGAGCCGGCGUCCAAGGGAUGAUGACUCCAAGGUGGGCUUUGACAAGUGGCCUUUCAUGACCACCCACACAUGGGGGGAAGAUGCCCGAGGAACCUGGACCCUGGAGCUGGGGUUUGUGGGCAGCGUGCCCCAGAAGGGGGUGCUGAAGGAGUGGACCCUGAUGCUGCAUGGCACCCAGAGUGCCCCCUACAUCGACCAAGUUGUGAGGGAUUACCAGUCCAAGCUGGCCAUGUCCAAGAAGGAGGAGCUGGAGGAAGAGCUGGACGAAGCUGUGCAGAGAAGCCUGAAAAGCAUCCUAAGCAAGAAUUAACCCACCACCACCCUCCCUCCCCCAUCUCUGCCUCUGUCCUCGCUCCAUGUCUCUGGCAGGCACCUAGCAAUUACUGUCACCCCACACAAGCAACUCCAUCUUCUGGAUCUGAGGCUUUGCUCACUGUCAAUGAUUAUUUUCAUUACAAAGGAAGCAAUCUUUUCUAUUCCAUGCCUCAAUACAGUGUCCCCACCAACAUCUGUGUCCUAUGUGUGACUCUAAGUUCUUUAUGUCUGUCAUUCCAAUGGGUGAUAUCCUGCAAACAAAACUGGGACAGCUUUCCCAGCACAUUUUUUUAUGUCUGAGAAAGAAAAGAAUGCAUUUAAAAAGCCACACACAGCGACUUCAAGAACGUUUGUCCGUGGCCUCAACUGAGGAGCUGGUGGGUAACAAGAAAAUUAAGGAUGAUGACAGAGAGUGAGCUCUGCAUCUCUUAGAGCACAGGAAAUGCUGAAAAUUCUUUGGGAAAGAUGUUUUGAAUUUAGCAAGAUUUGUCAGGGACGUAGAUUAAGGUGCACACAGAGAGCCCUAAUUGCUGGAAGGGGAAAAGAGAUUCAGAAAAGCAUGAACACUGGAAGUCUUACCACCAACACCGAGAUCGUAAUUCACUCUACUGAGCCAGCAUGAUAAAGGUGACACCUAAGUAGCUUGUCCGUCCUUCACCAGCUGCUGCUCUGAGUUAUGGGAAAAUGUGCUAGAGCAGCCCAGAUUUCUCUCAGUUUGGGUAGAAUUCAUCCCAGCCCCAAUUUUCUGGGGUUUCUCACAUAGGUAUCCAAAAGGGAAGAAAAAAUUUAAGGCAGGUUUGGCAACACAUCUGAUGAAGAGUAGUUUCCUAGUUUUAACAUACAAAUACUCCUUUUCCUAAGUCGCUUUGGGGCUUCUUAAUCUGAUGUAAGUUAGAGGCGAGGUGAGAAUUCUUUUGACAGCUUUACACCCAUAUACUUGGGUUUUGAUUUCUGCAAAAUGUAAUUGGAGAGAAACAUCUUACUCCAUCAUCAUGUGAUUUCAUUGAUGUGUUGGGAAAUGGCCUCUGCUCUGGAAGAGGCAUGUGAAGGCUGAAGGGGGCCUGUCUGAACAUAUGAGCGGCCAUCUUCACGUGGACCUCCAUCUGUGUGCAGCCUCUUCCGCCAAGAGCAAGGCAUGCCAACUCAUCCCCCAGUUCUUGAAGGAAGCAAGAGAAGACCUCGGUUAGGAAAGCACAUAGUUACCAUUUUGUCAGCUCAGAAACCCAUGAGAAGUUUGACAUGCAACCCAAAGGUUAUAGCUUUCAACCCCAGAAGGCACCAUUUAAUUACCGAAGUGAUCUGUUGUCACCUUGUUUUCCUACUCAAGGAUUGGCUUCCCAUCCCCAAUCCCAAUACCCACCCAUUCCCAAGAAAUGAUUUGUUCUCACCCACUUCUGGCUCUAUCCCUCCCUUCCCAUGGGAGCAUGUAGUUCCAAACGAGCCUGGAGUUCCUUUUUUAAAGUCAGCAACUCAAGAGCACUAGGUCUGAUCCCCUGAAGGUGGCAAGUUUAAGAGAAAAUUCUGGAAACCCCAUUUUCUUUCUUUUCUCCUCUGUAUUGGCAUGAAUUUCUGUCUUCUCUAACACCUUGUGACCUUCCUAUAUCACGCUUUAAAGUGUAAUGAUAUUUAUGAUUUUUAAAAGAAAUUUAUUACUUGUUGCAAACGUCUUUUUAAAUGAGUUUAGAUUUAAAGAAAAAUAAAAGGAAAUCAUUGAAAAUCCAUUUCACAUUAAUGGUCUGAAAAUAAACCAAAGGACAUUAUGUGUGCAUGUGUGUAUAGGUGCACACAGAACUAUAUAUAUACAUAUGUAGACUAUACACAUGUGUGUAUAUAUGUGUAUAUAUACAUACACUUGUAUAAAUGUAUAUACACACAUAUGCCUAAAAUGUGUGUAUGUGUAUUUAUUGAAGAAACAGACACCAUAUUCAUCUCUAAAAGAAUAUUCAGAGAAUAUCAAGAUGAUUCUGGCUGAAGAAAAAGGCCAGUGAAAAUUCAGGUGAAAAUGUUCUUUGAUUCCCAUUACAUCACCUCUGUAAUUUUGCAGCUCUCUGUAUAAACAUUAAAUGUCUUAUAUAGCAGCAAAAAUAUAAAAUAGCUGUCCAUAUUUUCACAGUUGUGGUAUAACUUAUGAAAUCAGAGAGUAACUUAUCAGCUUCUUAAUAGAAAUGGCAAGUUUUGAUAUGAAUAUACAGUAUAUAAAAAUAUAUAUAAUACUAUAUAUAAAUAUUUGGUCUCUUUCAUUUUUUGCAUCAGUAUUAACACUAAAAUAUGUCUAGCAAGUGACAUUUUUAUGAUAUCCCUAAUCCUAGCACAAGAGACAGUUAUUUAUAGUCAUUUACUUUUAAAAAUGAAAAUAAGUGAAUAAUUAUUAAUCAGGUUAACAUCGUUACUCCCUGUGACAGAGUUUUAUAAGUAAAUUUAGACACUGUAAAUUAGGAGGUUCAACAAUAAAACAUGAUCUUCCAGAAA